AUGUCGUCUUUCUAUGAACUCACUCCAUCUGAUGCUAAGGGGAACCCAUACCCCUUUGAACAAUUGAAGGGCAAAGUUGUCCUCAUUGUCAAUGUCGCCUCCAAGUGCGGCUUCACCCCACAGUACAAGGAGUUGGAAGAGUUGAACAAAAAGUACGCCGACAAGGACGUGCAGAUUCUCGGUUUCCCUUGUGACCAAUUUGGCCACCAAGAGCCAGGCACCGAUGAGGAAAUUGCAUCGUUCUGUUCUUUGAACUACGGCGUCACUUUCCCAGUGUUGAAGAAGAUUGAGGUUAAUGGCGAUAAGGCUGACCCUGUGUACAAGUUUUUGAAGAGCCAAAAGUCUGGUCUUUUGGGACUCAACAGAAUCAAGUGGAACUUUGAGAAGUUCUUGGUGGACAAGAAGGGUAAUGUUGUGGAGAGAUACUCUUCUUUGACCAAGCCCAAGAGUUUGGAGGGCAAGAUUGACGAGUUGUUGAAGGCCUAA